AAAACAGACAAACAAGUAUGCAAAUACUUUCAAGAAUUUCUUCUUCAUCCACCUCUCUUCUCCAUUUCUCCAUAUCUCUCCAACCCAGAUUUUAUUUUCACACAAAUAAAAACCCCUUUUCAUCAUCAUACCCAAAAAUUCAACACAAUCACCACCCUUGUUUUUUUUCUUCAUCUAUGGACUCAACAUCUGCAACCGUUGAUUCAGUUACUAGCAAUUUAAAGAACCAAACUUUAGUAAAUGAUGAAAAUAACAGUAAACAUAUGUUGAAACUUGAAGAACUUAAUUGGGAUCAUUCUUUUGUUCGUGAACUGCCUCCUGAUCCAAGAACUGAUACCCUUCAACGAGAGGUAUUGCAUGCUUGCUAUACGAAAGUGUUGCCUUCUGUUGAGGUGGAGAAUCCUGAGCUGGUUGUGUGGUCAGAAUCAGUAGCAGAGUUACUUGAGUUGGAUCCUAAAGAAUUUGAGAGGCCUGAUUUUCCAUUUCUGUUCUCGGGGGCAUCACCUUUAGUGGGAGCUGUGCCUUAUGCCCAGAACUAUGGAGGACAUCAGUUUGGUACGUGGGCUGGUCAGCUAGGUGAUGGUCGAGCAAUAACUCUUGGAGAGAUUUUGAAUUCAAAAUCUGAAAGAUGGGAACUGCAGCUAAAGGGUGCUGGGAAGACCCCAUAUAGCCGUUUUGCUGAUGGUCUUGCAGUGCUUCGGAGUAGUAUCCGCGAGUUCCUCUGCAGUGAAGCAAUGCAUAGUCUUGGAAUCCCAACUACAAGAGCACUCUGUCUCGUAAUGACAGGAAAAGAUGUCACCAGGGACAUGUUUUAUGACGGGAAUCCAAAAGAUGAGCCUGGUGCCAUUGUCUGCAGAGUUGCUCAAUCUUUUCUGCGUUUUGGUUCUUACCAACUACAUGCCUCUAGGGGUAAAGAGGACCUUGAGAUUGUGCGUACUUUAGCAGAUUACACAAUUAGACAUCACUUCCCCCAUCUAGAGAACAUGAGUAAGAGUGAAAGCAUAUCAUUCAGCACUGGUGAGGAAGAUGAUUCGGCUGUGGAUUUAACUUCAAACAAAUAUGCAGCAUGGGCAGUGGAAGUUGCCGAGCGGACUGCUUCUACGAUUGCAAGGUGGCAAGGUGUUGGGUUCACACACGGAGUGAUGAAUACUGAUAACAUGAGUGUGUUAGGCCUCACCAUAGAUUAUGGCCCUUAUGGAUUUUUAGACGCGUUUGAUCCCAGUUACACACCAAAUACCACUGAUUUACCUGGCAGAAGAUACUGCUUUGCGAAUCAGCCAGAUAUAGGUUUAUGGAAUAUUGCUCAGUUUGCUACUACUCUAUCUACCGCACAGUUGCUAAAUCAAAAGGAGGCGAAUUAUGCCAUGGAGAGGUAUGGCAUCAAAUUUAUGGAUGACUAUCAAGCAAUCAUGACCAAAAAGCUUGGUUUGUCUAAGUACAAUAAACAGAUGAUUGGCGAACUACUUAAGAAUAUGGCUGUUGAUAAAGUUGAUUACACAAACUUCUUCCGAUUGCUAUCGAACAUCAAGGCUGAUCCUGCAAUUCCAGAAGACAAGUUAUUGAUUCCUCUUAAAGCCGCUCUAUUGGAUAUCGGUAAGGAGCGGAAGGAAGCUUGGACAAGUUGGGUGAAAUCCUACAUACAAGAGCUCUCUACUAGUGGUGUAUCAGACGAGGAGAGAAAGGCCUCCAUGAAUUCUGUAAAUCCAAAGUACAUCCUUAGAAACUAUCUAUGCCAAAGUGCAAUAGAUGCAGCUGAACAAGGUGAUUUUAGGGAGGUCCGACGGCUACUGCAACUUAUGCAACAUCCAUUUGACGAACAACCCGGCAUGGAGAAAUACGCUCGCUUGCCUCCAGCUUGGGCAUAUAGGCCUGGUGUAGGCAUGCUUUCUUGUUCCUCGUGAGUUGAUCUCUCUACUAUGUAAUACAAGAUAUUAACUUGUAUAUGCAAUAGAAAUUUUAGUGUUACCUUCUUGUAGCAAUGUGUGAAAGGUGUAGCUAUUCCUUUUUCAUUUUUGGCCUUUUUCCCGGGGUUCUAGCAUGUCUUCGCUCUUUUUCGCGUAGGAUAAUGCGUUUUUUGGUCAGAGUUGCAUAAUAUAAAUUCAAUUAGCUUGUUUA